AUGGAACUCGAAAUAUCCCUUACUGCCAUGUCACUUCAAGACAUUACAGUCUAUUGUUUUGUCUCUCUCACUGUGUGUGUUUCUUUCUGUCGCUCUCUCUCUCUUUCUUUGUCGCUCUCUCUCUCUUUCUUUGUCGCUCUCUCUCUCUUUGUCGCUCUCUCUCUCUUUGUCGCUCUCUCUCUUUCUUUGUCGCUCUCUCUCUCUUUCUUUGUCGCUCUCUCUCUUUCUUUGUCGCUCUCUCUCUCUUUCUUUGUCGCUCUCUCUCUCUUUCUUUGUCGCUCUCUGUCUCUCUUUGUCGCUCUCUGUCUCUUUUGUCGCUCUCUGUCUCUCUUUGUCGCUCCAUGUCUCUCUUUGUCGCUCCAUGUCUCUCUUUGUCGCUCUCUGUCUCUCUUUGUCGCUCUCUGUCUCUCUCUGUCUUUGUCGCUCUCUGUCUCUCUUUGUCGCUCUCUGUCUCUCUUUGUCGCUCUCUGUCUCUCUUUGUCGCUCUCUGUCUCUCUUUGUCGCUCUGUCUCUCUUUGUCGCUCUCUGUCUCUCUUUGUCGCUCUCUGUCUCUCUUUGUCGUCUCUGUCUCUCUUUGUCGCUCUCUGUCUCUCUUUGUCGCUCUCUGUCUCUUUUGUCGCUCUCUGUCUCUCUUUGUCGCUCUCUGUCUCUCUUUGUCGCUCUCUGUCUCUCUUUGUCGCUCUCUGUCUCUCUUUGUCGCUCUCUGUCUCUCUUUUGUCGCUCUCUGUCUCUCUUUGUCGUCGUCUCUCUUUGUCUCUCUUUUUGUCGCUCUCUGUCUCUCUUUGUCGCUCUCUGUCUCUCUUUGUCGCUCUCUGUCUCUCUUUGUCGCUCUCUGUCUCUCUUUGUCGCUCUCUGUCUCUCUUUGUCGCUCUCUGUCUCUCUUUGUCGCUCUCUGUCUCUCUUUGUCGCUCUCUGUCUCUCUUUGUCGCUCUCUUCUCUUUGUCGCUCUCUGUCUCUCUUUGUCGCUCUCUGUCUCUCUUUGUCGCUCUCUGUCUCUCUUUGUCGCUCUCUGUCUCUCUCUCUUUGUCGCUCUCUGUCUCUCUUUGUCGCUCUCUGUCUCUCUUUGUCGCUCUCUGUCUCUCUUUGUCGCUCUCUGUCUCUCUUUGUCGCUCUCUGUCUCUCUUUGUCGCUCUCUGUCUCUUUUGUCGCUCUCUGUCUCUCUUUGUCGCUCUCUGUCUCUCUUUGUCGCUCUCUGUCUCUCUUUGUCGCUCUCUGUCUCUCUUUGUCGCUCUCUGUCUCUCUUUGUCGCUCUCUGUCUCUCUUUGUCGUCUCUGUCUCUCUUUGUCGCUCUCUGUCUCUCUUUGUCGCUCUCUGUCUCUCUUUGUCGCUCUCUGUCUCUCUUUGUCGCUCUCUGUCUCUCUUUGUCGCUCUCUGUCUCUCUUUUGUCGCUCUCUGUCUCUCUUUGUCGCUCUCUGUCUCUCUUUGUCGCUCUCUGUCUCUCUUUGUCGCUCUCUGUCUCUCUUUGUCGCUCUCUGUCUCUCUUUGUCGCUCUCUGUCUCUCUUUGUCGCUCUCUGUCUCUCUUUGUCGCUCUCUGUCUCUCUUUGUCGCUCUCUGUCUCUCUUUUGUCGCUCUCUGUCUCUCUUUCGCUCUCUCUCUGUCUCUCUUUGUCGCUCUCUUUUGUCGCUCUCUGUCUCUCUUUGUCGCUCUCUGUCUCUCUUUGUCUCUUUCUCUUUGUCGCUCUCUGUCUCUCUUUGUCGCUCUCUGUCUCUCUUUGUCUCUUUCUCUUUGUCGCUCUCUGUCUCUCUUUGUCUCUUUCUCUUUGUCGCUCUCUGUCUCUCUUUGUCUCUUUCUCUUUGUCGCUCUCUGUCUCUCUUUGUCUCUUUCUCUUUGUCGCUCUCUGUCUCUCUUUGUCUCUUUCUCUUUGUCGCUCUCUGUCUCUCUUUGUCUCUUUCUCUUUGUCGCUCUCUGUCUCUCUCUCUGCCUGCCUCUCUCUCUCUCUCCGCCUUUUCAUCUGGGGAUCAAAUGCAUACGCGUUAAUUUCAAAGAAGCCGACACUUAUCUCCCCCCCUCCCCACAAGUACUCCCCGCCACUUCCCUCGCCGCAUCGCCCUCUGAUCCAUUUCAGGGAAACGGCUUUCGUCUACGCCAUUACGGCAGCAGGUGUCACCUAUUCAGUAACCCAAGCCUGUAGUGCUGGUUCCCUGUUGCAGUGCACUUGUGACCGCAACCACAUUCGCGACAAAUCGACUGACGGCCAGUGGUCUUGGGGCGGCUGUGGGGAUGACGUUAAUUUUGGUUAUCUGAAAUCUAAGGAAUUCAUGGACGCUCGUAAGAAAAGGCGCUGUGAUAUCACUACCAAAAUACGAAUGCAUAACAAUGAAGCCGGAAGACUGGCUGUGAAAAAUUACAUGAGACGUGUAUGCAAGUGUCACGGCUUAUCUGGUUCCUGUACUUUACAAACAUGCUGGCGAAAGAUGCCGUUUUUCCGGCAUGUUGGUAACAGACUGAAAGAGAAGUUUAAAGGUGCUGCAAAGGUGAUAAUCUCCAAUGAUGGCUUGCACGUCAUACCUGAAGGCGACACCAUCAAGAAACCAGACGUGACAGACUUAAUCUAUUCGGAGAACUCUCCAGACUUCUGCCGUCCAAGCCGGAAAGCUGGAUCCCUAGGUACAAAAGAUCGAAUAUGCGACAUAUACUCAAAGGGUGUUGGCGGUUGCGAAGUCCUUUGUUGCAAUCGUGGUUACAAGAAAGGCUUCGUCACUCUGCGAGAAAACUGCAAAUGUCGAUUCAUUUGGUGCUGUGACGUCAUCUUUCUGAAAAGAAACGUUCUUUCUUUUCUCUCUCAUUUACGUAUAUGCAUUCAUAUUCUCUUGAAAGCCGACAAGUACAGAUAUGAACAGGCUAACUCUGUUCAUAUCUGUCUUAGUCUGUUCAUAUCUAUCUAUCUAUCUAUCUAUCUAUCUAUCUAUCUAUCUAUUCUUCUGUUCUUAACUAUCUAUCACAGUAUCUAUCUAUCAACCUGUUUCUAUUUGUCUGUUUCUGGCUAUUCAUCUAUCUAUCUAUCUAUCUAUCUAUCUAUCUAUCUAUCUAUCUAUCUAUCUAUCUUAUUUUAUUCUUAUCUGUCACAGACACUUCCAUCUAUCUAUCUAUCUAUCUAUCUAUCUAUCUAUCUAUCUAUCUAUCUCAGACUGUUCAUAUCUAUCUAUCUAUCUAUCUAUCUAUCUAUCUAUCUAUCUAUCUAUCUCAUUCUGUUCUUAACUAUCUAUCACAGUAUCUAUCUAUCUCAACCUGUUUCUAUUUGUCUGUUUCUGGCUAUCUAUCUAUCUAUCUAUCUAUCUAUCUAUCUAUCUAAUUUUAUUCUUAUCUGUCACAGACACUUCCAUCUAUCUAUCUAUCUAUCUAUCUAUCUAUCUAUCUAUCUAUCUCAGACUGUUCAUAUCUAUCUAUCUAUCUAUCUAUCUAUCUAUCUAUCUAUCUAUCUAUCUCAUCUAUCUAUCUAUCUAUCUAUCUAUCUAUCUAUCUAUCUAUCUCAGACUGUUCAUAUCUAUCUAUCUAUCUAUCUAUCUAUCUAUCUAUCUAUCUAUCUAUCUAUCUAUCUAUCUCAGUCUGUUCAUAUCUAUUUCCGCCUGUUCAUAUCUAUCUAUCUAUCUAUCUAUCUAUCUAUCUAUCUAUCUAUCUAUCUAUCUUAG